GAAAUGUUUAUUUCUUCUCUAAAUUUAUUUUUAAUUAUUUUAAUUUCAAUAAUUUCUGGACAACAAUUAAACAACAAACCUCAACAAAAAAUUCCAGAAAUAGACCCAAAUCAUUUCCAGCCAAGUUUAAUUCCCUGUUAUCAAAAUAACAACCCAAAUUUCCCCCAAAAAUGCCUCCCUCAUUUUAUUAAUGUUGUUUAUAAUUUAAAUUUUGAGGUAACAAAUACUUGUGGAAUAUAUUCUCCAACAAAUUUUUGUAUGCAAACAGGGCAUCGUUUAAAUAAAUAUUGUGAUGUUUGUGACAUUAAUAUUCCCCAAAAGGCACAUUUACCCAAAUAUUUAACUGAAACAAUGGCCGAAGGAAUUAAAUAUCCCCAAACAAUUAAUUUAACAAUUAAUUUAAAUAAACAAUUCGAGAUUACUUAUGUUCAUUUAAAGUUUAUUUCUCCACGUCCUGAAAGUUUUGUUAUUUAUAAGAAAAAUAAAAAUAAUGGAAAUGAAUGGAUACCUUGGCAAUAUUAUAGUGGUUCAUGUCUUUCAACAUUUAAAUUACCAGAAAAAGCUCCAAUACUUCCCGGAAACGAAGCUAUAGCCCAAUGUACAAAAGAAUUUUCUGAUAUAUCUCCAUUAACUGGGGGAAGGAUUGCUUUUUCUACUUUAGAGGGAAGGCCUUCUGCUGAAAAUUUUGAAGAAAGUGAAGAAUUACAGGAUUGGGUAACUGCUGACCAAAUAAGAAUAUCUUUAGUUAGAAUGAAUACUUUUGGUGAUGAAAUAUUUGGAAAUAAAAAAGUAUUAAGUUCUUAUUAUUAUGGAAUUAGUGAUUUGGCUGUUGGUGGAAGGUGUAAAUGUAAUGGACAUGCAAAUAAAUGUAUUAAAUCAACAGGAAAAGGAUUACCUCAAAAAUUGAUUUGUGAAUGUCAACAUAAUACAAGGGGAAUAGAUUGUAAUGAAUGUGCUCCUUUUUAUUUUGAUAGACCUUGGAGGCCAGCAACUUCUUUUGAGGCUAAUGAAUGUUUACCUUGUAAUUGUAGUGGACUUUCUAAUAAAUGUUUUUUUGAUCCAAAACUUUUUGAAGAAACUGGACAUGGGGGACAUUGUUAUGAAUGUUUGGGGAAUACUGAGGGUGUAAAUUGUGAGCGUUGUCUUCCAAACCAUUGGCGUUCUCCAAAUAAUAAUUAUUGUAAACCUUGUAAUUGUAAUAUUAAUGGAUCUUUAAAUAAUGGAAAAUGUAAUGAAAAUAAUGGAAUUUGUAGUUGUAAAAAUGGAGUAACUGGGAAAUAUUGUGAUAAAUGUUUGGAUGGGUAUUUUGGGUUUGGAAUAAAUGGUUGCAAAAAAUGUUUAUGUAAUAAUUAUUCCAAUUCAUCUAUUUGUUCACCUUUAAACGGAAAAUGUUUUUGUAAAGAAAAUGUUGAAGGAGAAUAUUGUGAUCGUUGCAAACCCGGAUAUUUUUUAAUUAAAAAUAACAAAAAUAAUUUUGAAUGUUUUCCCUGUUUUUGUUUUGGACAUUCCUCCAUUUGCUAUUUAAAUAAUAAUCAACAAAAUUUUAUUAAAUUUAAUAUUUCCUCGAAUUUUAAAUUAAAUAAUGAUGAUUGGAAAGCUUUAAGUAUAGAAGCUAAUGGAGAAAUUAAAAAUUUAAAGGUUAAUUAUGAUUUUAAAAAUAAAUUAAUAUUUAUUAAACAAGAAUGCCCCUGGAAAAUUUAUUUUGUCGCUCCAACAAAAUAUUUAGGAGAUCAACGAUUCUCUUAUGGUCAAUAUUUAUAUUUUUCCUAUCACAAAUUAUUAGAAUAUGCCCCCCGAACUAGCACAGAAUUACAAUUAAUUGGAAGUAAAGGGGAUAUACUUUCAUUGUCUUUUAGUUCCCAACAAAAUCCAGACAUUUCUACAAAUAAAACUUAUUACAAAUUUAAAAUCCAUUCAAAUCCAAAAUAUCAAUGGAAUCCUCAAUUAAACGAAACUGAUUUUAUUAAAAUUUUAACAAAUUUAACAUCAAUUAGAAUACGUGCAACGUUUUUUCAAGGAGAUAUUGGGUAUUUGUCUGAUUUUGGAUUAAAUUCUGCUUUGGACGUUUUUGAUAAUAAAUAUUCUCCUUCUGUAAUUCAACAUUCUUCCUCUGCCAAUUGGAUUGAAAAUUGUAAUUGUCCUCCUCCUUAUUCUGGACAAUUUUGUCAAUUUUGUGCAGCCGGAUUUAAACGUGAAUUUCCCGGUCCAUUAUCUAAAUGUAUUCCCUGUAAAUGUAACGGCCAUUCUUUUGGUAGUAAAAUGUGUGAACCAGAAACUGCUGGAAAUACUUGUGAAAGAUGUGCUAAUGGAUUUUAUGGAGAUGCUUUGACUGGGACAUCAGAAGAUUGCAAACCGUUUAUUUACUCUAAAUUGCCAAAAAAUAUUUUUAGUUGUAACUGUCCUGGAGGGGGCGCCUGUAUUUAUUUAGACAAACAAUUAAUGUGUACAGAAUGUCCAGAAGGGUAUACAGGCCCUCGUUGUGAAUAUUGUUCUGAAGAUUAUUUUGGACACCCUUUAUUUGGAAAACCUUGUCAAAAAUGUGAUUGUAAUGGAAAUAUAGAUCCAAAUAAUAUUAGACAAUGUAAUUUAUUUACUGGACAAUGCCUUCAAUGUAUUCACCACACAACUGGCUGGAAUUGUGAGAAAUGUUUACCCGGAUUUUGGAAAGCUCCAAAUAAUUAUUUAUUUGGAGAUGAUAAAAUAAAUAAAAAUAAAUUUAAUUGUAUUCCUUGUAAUUGCCAUCAAUUGGGAACUAUUAAAAAUAAAAAAGGGAAAUUAUUUAGUUGUUCUCAAAUAAAUGGACAAUGUAAAUGUUUACCUAAUGUAAUUGGAAAACGUUGUGAAAAAUGUGCAAUUGGCUAUUUUAAUAUAUUUUCUAAAAAUGGUUGUCAACCUUGUAAUUGUGAUCCUUUAGGAAGUUUAGAUGUUACUGAAUGUGAUCAAAGAAGUGGGCAAUGUAAAUGUAAAAAUGGGGUUAUUGGAAUAAAUUGUGAUCAGUGUGCCCCUAAACAUUUUGGUUUAAAUUCUAGUGGAUGUACAAAAUGUUUAUGUAAUAAAAUUGGUUCUGAAAGUGUUGACUUUUGUGAUAUUAGAAAUGGGCAAUGUUUGUGUAAUAAUAAUGUUGAGGGAAUUUAUUGCGAGUAA